AGAAAAGGGGCGAAUUGAGGAGAGCGGUGUGGUCGCCCAUCGGAGGAGGAGGAGGCUGGGGGCUGUGUCUCCUCCGUGCGCCCCGCUUCUUUCUGCCAAGGAGGCCCCCUAUCAUUCUUAUUACUAUUAUUACUACCCUUCCUAUUAUUAUUAGUCUUCCUCCAGGCUCCCUCUCCUUUCAUCCAUAUCCCCCCCUCCGUCCCUAUUGCCGGUCCCUCGGCCUGCCAGCGGCCAACUUCAAGGCGGAGGACGGAGCAGCCUUGGGCGGCCGGAGAGAAGCCAAAAGUCCAGCUUCUGAAGGAGAAGGAGAAGAAGAAGCAGGAGUCCCGCCUCGGGGGUCCCCCCUCCUCCUCCUCCUCUCCGACCUCUCUCGAUGGAUUGGCGAAGAGAUCUCCUCGGGUCCUGAAUUGGAAAGCCGGGAUUGUGGAGGGCGCCUCCUUUGAUUAGUUGGAUCGGAGGGGGAUGGCGGUGCCCGGGCCGCUGCUGCUGGUGCCCGUUUGGGGGUGCCGGGCCUAAGGGGUGCCAGGCUCCUUCCUCCCUCCUCUUCCUCACUUGUGGAGCUGGCCGAAGGGGCUGCUCGGGUCCGGAGCCCUCGCGCUCUCUCCAGACGGACGGCGUUGGUCCCAUCCGCGACUCCGGCCAGAAAGAUUGCUUAAGAAUUCUGCCUGGAGUUGGGAUCAACGGCUCUCUCCACCAUGCCCUUGGUUGGCUUUUUGCUCUGGGCCAUCCUGCUGUUUGUGGGUUGGUGGCCAUCCUAUGCCAAGGAUUACUUGUUUGCUACACCAAGGGUGCAACUCACUUUCAAAGAGCUCAAGGCCACUGGCACUGCCCAUUUCUUCAAUUUCCUUCUCAACUCAACAGACUACCGCAUCCUGCUGAAGGAUGAAGAUCAUGACCGUAUGUACGUGGGAAGCAAAGAUUACAUCCUUUCACUGGACCUUCACGAUAUCAACCGGGAACCCCUGAUUAUCCACUGGCCUGCGUCUCAGCAAAGGAUAGAUGAGUGUGUCCUGUCAGGGAAGAAUAUUAAUGGUGAGUGUGGGAACUUCAUCCGCCUUAUCCAACCCUGGAAUCGAACCCAUUUGUAUGUUUGUGGUACUGGAGCAUACAACCCUGUCUGCACCUUUGUCAACCGGGGCCGCAAAGCACAGGCUUUUGAGCUGAACCAGUCCAUCCAGCAGGGAGGACGGGGAAGUAGAGCAGUUGACUCCUCCCUCCACCCGUCUUCAGUGGAACGCAAGGAUUAUAUAUUCUACCUGGAACCAGAGAGGCUGGAGUCAGGAAAAGGAAAAUGCUCCUAUGACCCCAAGGUGGACACUGUAUCAGCAUUAAUCAAUGAAGAACUCUAUGCUGGUGUCUACAUCGAUUUCAUGGGCACAGAUGCUGCCAUCUUCCGCACCAUGGGCAAACAGACUGCAAUGAGGACUGACCAGUACAACUCCCGUUGGCUAAAUGAUCCGGCAUUUGUCCAUGCACAACUCAUCCCAGACAGUGCAGAGCGGAAUGAUGACAAGCUCUACUUCUUCUUUCGAGAGAAGUCCACCGAUUCCCCACAGAGUCCUGUGGUCUACUCCCGCAUUGGUCGCAUUUGCCUGAAUGAUGAUGGAGGGCACUGUUGCCUGGUGAAUAAAUGGAGCACAUUCCUGAAAGCACGACUCAUCUGUUCUGUACCAGGGCCUGAUGGGAUUGAAACUCACUUUGAUGAACUUCAGGACGUCUUUGUCCAGCAGACCCAGGAUGGGAAGAACCCUAUUAUUUAUGCUGUUUUUGCUGCCUCUGGAUCUGUCUUUAAGGGCUCUGCAGUGUGUGUCUAUUCAAUGGCUGAUAUCCGCAUGGUCUUCAAUGGACCUUUUGCCCACAAGGAAGGUCCCAACUACCAGUGGAUGCCCUACACAGGCAAAAUGCCCUAUCCUCGUCCAGGCACUUGCCCAGGAGGGACAUUCACACCCUCAAUGAAAUCAACCAAGGAUUACCCUGAUGAGGUUAUCAAUUUCAUGCGCACUCAUCCCAUGAUGUACAAUGGUGUGUACCCCAUUCACCGCCAGCCACUAGUGGUGAGGACUAACGUCAACUACAAGUUCACAACUAUUGCCGUGGACCAGGUGGAUGCAGCUGAUGGGCGCUAUGAGGUGCUUUUCCUGGGCACAGAUCGUGGCACAGUCCAGAAGGUUAUAGUCUUGCCCAAAGAUGAUAUGGAAACAGAAGAACUGAUGCUAGAAGAAGUGGAAGUGUUCAAGGUUCCAGCCCCCAUCAGGACCAUGACCAUCUCUUCCAAAAGACAACAGCUCUACGUGUCCUCAGCCAUUGGGCUAACACAUCUGGCCCUUCACCGCUGUGAUGUAUAUGGAGAAGCCUGUGCUGACUGCUGCCUUGCCAGGGAUCCCUACUGUGCCUGGGAUGGAAAGUCUUGUUCUCGUUACUCUGCUUCCUCCAAGAGGCGGAGUAGGCGACAGGAUGUCCGGCAUGGUAACCCCAUUCGUCAGUGUAGGGGCUACAAUUCCAAUGCCAGCAAGAACACAGUAGAAGCAGUCCAAUAUGGUGUGGAGGGAAGCACAGCUUUUCUGGAGUGCCAGCCUCGCUCUCCUCAGGCCACCGUCAAGUGGCUCCUCCAGAAAGACAACAGUGACCGAAGGAAAGAGCUACGCACAGAAGGCCGGGUGCUAAGGACAGAGCAGGGGCUGCUGUUGCGGUCCUUGCAGCUCUCAGAUGGGGGCCUCUAUUCCUGCACAGCUACAGAGAACAACUUCAAGCACACGGUGGCCAAAGUGCAGCUGCAUGUCCUGAGCAGUGAAACCAUCCAUGCUGUGCUCUUCCAGUCAGAGGCCCCUGCCCCUUCUGUGGCAGCUGUGCAGGCUGGCCUUCCAGGCACCUUCAGCUCUCACUACCAUGACCUGGUGCAGCUGCUCACCCAACCUGAGAUGGGACUCAUCAACCAGUACUGCCAGGGCUACUGGCGGCAUGUGGCCUCCAACCACAAGGAGACUCUGGCCAAUCUCAAGGCCAAAGAGCUGCACGAUCAGAAGAAGCCUCGUAACCGCCGGAAUCACCCACCAGAGGGGGAUCAACAGACAUGAAACUGACAGCCAAAAGGGACUGUGUAAUGACAGUGCUAUACUUUCCUGCCUCCCCAUUUUAAUAUUAAAAUAUCUAUAAAUAUAUAUAUAUAUAUAAAUAUAAAUAUAUAUAUAUACAUACAUGCAUACAAAAAAAACCACACAAGCAUACCCUGCGCCCUCUGAAGACAGUAUUUAUUUGUAGGUUGUACAUAAUCUGCGGGUAAACGCAGCCUUACCUUAGUGUGAGGAGCUUGGAGGCAUCCCACUGGCACCUUGCUCUCUUCUUUUCCUCAUUUUUUUUCUGCGGUACUGUAUAAUAACAGACUGGUUGGAGGGGUGGGGAACAAGGGCAAGAUUAUUCCCCCACUCCUUUUAUCAGCUCAAAGCACAUCUGGCACCUGGCAGAAAAGAAAUGUCUACUGGCAGGUGCUAAGGGCAAAGUUCCUGUUCCCAUGAUUCUCAUUUGGGCCUUCUUUGCUGAGUAGGACAUAGGACUCAAGUGUGGAGUGAAACACAGGAGUUCAGGAUGGUGGAGCAGAGAUUUUCAUACCUGGACUGCCGUGGGAAUGGCUGAGACUUCAGAACUACUGUUGAAAAUAUUUCUACCUGAUUUUUUUUUAAAAAAGAGGCUUUUGUGUGUCCUGAGAGCAUUCCUCCACCCUGACGUACAUAAACCCCUGCCACACCUACAAAAACUUUAGCACUUUCUUUCUCUCUUACCAUUUCUCUGCCGCAGAGCACCAUCUGGAAGGAGACUCUCCAGAGCAUAGCGCUGUGCGAGCUGGAUCCCUCAAGGGGCCUGGGCCAUUUAAGGGUGGAGGAAGCCCUCCAUCAAAGAGGUCUACCCAUAGGCCCAUGUGGUGCCACUGCAAAACUAUUAAUCCUACUGUUGGAUAGUCAAAAAAUGGUGUCAUAAUUUGAGAAAUUGUUUAUCCUGUUGGGUUAGUGAAGUGCAAGAGGUACUGUCUGUGGAAACUGUGGUAUGGAAAUAGUGGCAAUAGAUAAUAACCAAAAGAGUGGGUGGGAAGAUUGGCACAGUUCUGCUCAAAGACACCUGGCUCCAUUGAGCCAGUUUAUCAGAUAAAUGCAAGGGUUUUGCCAGGUGGGUUAAUCCAGGGAAGUGUAAUAAUGUCUAUUUAAACCAAAGCUACUCUCUUGAAGUGUGUGCAUCAGGCACUUCUCAGGCCAAAUACAGUAUGGGAGUGAAGGUGGCCGGGAGGAUUAAGCAUCUGUGGAUAGAUACCAGGAGGCCAGGCUUCUGUUCAGUCAGCAGGAAUGUAUCCCUCUUUACCAACCUAUUUAUUAUAAUUUAAUAAUAUUAAUUUGCUCACUGGGAGUCCAUAUCCACAGUCUGACAACCACCAGACUACUUACUAAUGGAAUACAAGCCAAGGAGUAAGGAAACCUGCUCCGGUAUGCUUGAAUGAUAUGCCCCUCAAGAUUUUUUGUGGCAUUGUCCUUACUGGU